CUUCUUGCCACAACGCGGGCGCUCAAACAUAGCUCUAAGCAUGCCUCCUUCUCUCCGAUUUGAUCGCCACGCUGAACCCUUAUUGUCCUUGUGUGACUGAGGUCGCGCGGUAAGGCCGGUUUAAGGUAAGCCUUGAUCAAUGGGCCAUAAGGUGAUUAGCCCGCUCUAUCUACGCUCAGAGAAAAGGGACAGGUACCUUUCGACAGACGAUAAGAAAAUCCGCGUGCCACGUCGAGCCAAUCAAGCAACACGUCUUGAUUGUGUGCCAAGCCUAAACUUGUAGACUGGUUGUGUUUAGCAGAGCAAGGUUUUGAUGAGACGUUUGGGCGACAGCACUCUAAGCUAGGCUUUCGGGGACAGACAUUUUUGACAGAGGGUACUUGAUCGACCGUCUUGGACCAACAUGGACGUCAACAUCAAAGUGGAGCCGCUAAGUCCGGGGACACUCCAGGCUAACCCAGAGACCGGGACAGACCGGGACUACGGACGACCAUACCCCGACAACAACAGCAGGGAGUCAGCCACAUUCCAAAACGCCUCCAUGCCUGUAUUUCCCAGCAUGCCCUACGCUUCCUCCUACUCCUACAUGGAUAAAACCCAGCAAGCUAAAAUGGAAAACCACUCAGAAAACUUCAGUGCUCCGGUGAGGAACUCCGACUCGGCAUUUUCUCCGAAAGCAAACAUUGUGGGGAAAAAAUCGCACCUACCCAAGCGCUACAAGUGCGCGAUGUGCGCGUAUCGUACCCGGUACAAAUCAGAUUUGAACCGACACGUGCGCAAACACGCAAUAGCUACUUUCAGCUGCGACAUUUGUAACAUGCCUUUUAAGACAAUAGGUAAUGUAGAGUUCCAUAAGCGAAAAGAGCAUGUUCACUUAACGGAAGAACUACCCCCGAAGGAAAUCAUGAAGCACACGUGUAAAAUGUGCACGUACGCGACAAUGUAUAGUUCGGACCUGACUCGCCACGUCAGGAAACACUACAUUGCUAAGUUCCACUGCACUCUGUGCAAUAAGCCUUUCAUGACAUCUGGGAGUCUCGUACACCAUAAAAGAUCCGCGCACGGCGUCCAGGACGUCGAGGUGGUGAUGGGACUGGAAGGGGUGGAGUCAGUGAAGCAGACCGGCGGAGAAAUUCACAGCGAUUCAGAGAUGAACGAACACAAACAGGCGGAUAUAAAUGGAAACUUAAACGGCACAGAGCAUGGGAGUUACCAAGGCAACGGUUCCGGAAGUGAAAGUUACCGGAUUGAGAAUAACGAGAGCGACGGAGGGGUGGGCAGCGAGCCGCACGAGGGUUACAACUACGAGGACCCGGAUUUAGAGCCCUCCGAAAUCAUCCCGAUGGAUGACGACGCUAUGAUGAACAAGCCCGAAGAUAUGGAGAAGCUCAGCGCUGAAAGCGCGAAGCACACGUGUUCAUAUUGCAAUAAGUCUUUUGGUAGAAAGCUCGUGCUGGAGUACCACCUAAAGAAUGUUCACAAGAUCUUACCGCGAGAUGACGAGAUGGGUGAUUACGUGGAAUACAACGACUACGACCUCGCCAUGGACAUGUCUAUACAGGAACUGGAAAACUCGACAACGUCCGAACACUCCGCCAAAACCACCCCAAACAGUAACGGCGCGUUCCGUCACAAGUGCCCGUUCUGUGCGUAUGCGACAAAUUACAAAAGCACGUACGACCGUCACGUUAGGAAACACGAGCUGGCCUGUCACAUCUGUAAUGUCUGUAGGAUGCCAUUCAUCACGUUCGGUCACCUGCAACGUCACAUCCGGGACAACCAUCCGGACCACAACCAGCAGAUCUCCGAGAAAGAGAUCACUGUUGAGAAACACAGGUGCGCUUACUGUAACUUUGAGGCGGACACUCUGGAUCGACUCCGCGCUCACAGCGACUCGGUCCAUAACCGACAGAUCAUGCAGGAAAGACAGAGACCUUCAAGUAACACCAGUGCCAAGACAAUCUCUCCAGUGAUAAAACCUACUGAAUAUAAAAUCGACGUUAAUAGCGUAAAGAGCGAUAACUCUCCGGACUUUCCGCAGGAGGACUCGUUCUUGCAGACGGCUCCACUGGAGGACCGCGUGUCGCCUCACGUCCCGGUGGCGGGAAGGUACGCCAGACUGGUGUCGGACUUUGACGACUUUGCCCAGAGACCUUACGCGUGUUCACUGUGCUUCUAUAGAACAGCCGACAUAGCGACACUCGUCAAACAUGCCGAAAAUCAUCUGACCGGAUGUAAUAUGACACCCGUCCCCGAAACGGCCAUGUUUACCAUGGAAACGUUAAACAAAUCACGUCUCGCCAUUGGUAUGCCCGGUUCUUCAACGUCUUUAAACCAUAACGGUGAGGGUUGUAGUAAAUCAAGCGAUGUGAUGGGUGAACCUAGGGGUAUAAAAACAGAAUCCAUUGAAAACCAGGUCAAGAGGCGCCAUUAUGGAUCAUCCGGGCAAACCAUGUCACGUGCUCAGCAACGAAAACAGUUCUCUUUCUUGAAGCAGAAAGAAACAGCCACCGUUGAUCGAAUCAUUCCAACAUUUUCCGUGCAUUAUCGGAAGGACAAAACAAAUGCAACACGGCCAUAUUUAUGUCUCCUGUGCAGGAAGCGCUUCCGCCAUCUUGCCAUCCUGAAGCAGCACUUCAUGCAGACUCACAACGAGGUGAUUCCCUCCAACAAGACGUUCGAAUGCAAGAAAUGUUCGCUCCAGUUCCACACACCCAUGGCGCUCCAAGAACACUAUGAACAGAAACAUUGAGAGAGAAGACGGCGCGGAUCCGGGUGUUUUCUAUUAAUUUUUGUUCCAUCUUCUAUGGUGCAAGUUCAAAACAUUCCAUUUUGUUUGAUUUUUACUGUUUUUUGCAAUUCAUACUGUUUGUACUCACAAUUUCCAAUUAAAUUCAAUUACAAAAAUUGAUUGUUUACAGAAAAAAGCAUUAUUCAUUUUUACAAUGGUGAAUACAAAAAAAUCAAAUAAAGUAAUGGUUUUUAAAAGAGUUU